AUGGCGGACCGGAUUCACCGCGUGACCAUGUUCAAGAUUGCCGAUGAGGGGCAGCAGAAGCAGCUGAUUGAGCAGUACAAGAUUUUGGGAGGCUCGCAUAAGAAGGACGGAAAGCCGUACAUCCUCUCCAUGGUCGUCGGACCGGCCGUCGACGACCCGCGCGCCCAGGGCUUCACCAUUGUCGCAAAGACCGAGUUCGCCUCGCUCGAGGACAUGAAGUACUACGACGACGAGUGCGCCGCCCACGGCGUCCUCAAGUCUUUUGUCAAGGGCAACCUGACCGUCGGCGGCGUCAUGUCCGUCUACUUUAAGCCCGAGGCCGUUUCCGUCUUGUAG